CGCGCAUGCGUGCGGGGCCGGCGGCGCGCGUGGGGCGGUCGCCGCCGCGGCAGCCAUGGAGCCCGCUGUGGAGGAGCUGAUGCCGCGGCUGCUGCCCGUGGGCGACUGCGACCUGGCCGAGGACUUCGACCCCACGGUGCCUCCCCGGACGCCCCAGGAGUACCUGCGGCGCGUCCAGAUCGAAGCAGCUCGAUGCCCAGAUGUGGUGGUGGCACAGAUAGACCCCAAAAAAUUGAGAAAGAAACAGACAGUAAACAUUUCCAUUUCUGGGUGUCAGCCUGCUCCUGAAGGAUACUCUCCAACUCUCAGGUGGCAACAGCAGCAAGUGGCCAAUUUCUCAGCUGUUCGUCAGAGUCUGAACAAGCACAGAAAUCACUGGCGGUCACAACAUUUGGACAGCAAUGUUACUAUGCCAAAAUCAGAGGAUGAAGAAGGCUGGAAAAAGUUUUGCCUGGGUGAAAGAUUAUACUCAGAAAUAGAUACACUAUCUGAUAAUGAAAAUCUAGGAAUCGAUUACCUAAAGAUGGGUUUUCCUCCUUUGCUAAGUAUUGUAAGCAGAAUGAAUCAGGCAACAGUAACCAGUGUCUUGGAAUACCUGAUAAACUGGUUUGGAGAGAAAAAAUUUACUCCAGAACUGGGUAGAUGGCUUUAUGCACUGUUGGCAUGCCUUGAAAAACCUUUGCUACCUGAAGCACAUUCUCUUAUUCGACAACUGGCAAGACGAUGCUCUGAAGUCAGAGUACUGGAAGAGAACAAGAAUGAAGAACAAGUAUCAGCUUUGAAUUUGAUGAUCUGCUUAGUUAGCAGGUACUUCGAUCAACGCGAUUUGGCUGAUGAGCCCUCCUAGAUUGUUUUGAGAACACCGUAUGUUUUGUGUUGCCAUAAUACAAGCAGCAUUAUCAAGGUUAACUGCAAGAUGCUGCACAGUUCAGACCUGAAAUACUAUACAAUUCCUUCAGAAUGCCCACAUUUGGGACAGCUGUAUGAAUAAGUUGAUUUAAAGCUGAUCUCUAGCAAGGGAUUACCGGCAUCUCCAACACUGUCACUAUCUGAAAGUGUCUGCCGUCAUCUCUCAAGCUACCAUCUCUGUUGACUACACUCUGUUAGAAAUUUCUAACAUCUGAGUAAUCCCAUGGGCACUGCCAUCGGGCAAAGACUUUUAAGUUUAAAAUGAACUUAAAUCACAAAUGAUUGUUAUGUAAGACCCCGCUGUUGAGGGCUUUUUUUAAACAAUAAAACAUCUUUCUUAAA